UUGUUGUUGCUUACAGUUAUCCGUGCGUCUCACAGAAAGUUCACUUUAAUUUGCGUUCAGUCCGAGAAAUCAUUUGUUUUUCGUCAUGUAUGGCGUUAAACAGUCCAUCUUUGCUGUUUGUGUUUAGCUAAACAUUAGCCUCCCUUAAUUGUCCAGUAACAAGCGUUGCUCUCUGGAGACAGGACAACAUAGAGAAAGCAGCAGCAGAAGAGGGAUGCACACAGUUAAUACACACAUCAGCAAUGGAGAAUGAUGGUGAAUUAACACAGGAUGAGGUGUCCAAAUGCCUGUACAACCUGGGACAUUCGGCAACAGGACUCCAGCAUACAUACCUGUGUCUCUCUGUGCCAGGGUGCGACUUGAAAAAUGUCUCCAUUUUAUGCAAUUAUGUCUAUCUUCAAAAGCUAGAGCUUCCCAACAAUAAAAUAAAAGAUUUAUCCUGUGUGAGUCACAUGCCACACCUCAUCAUACUGGAUGCUUCCCACAACCAGCUCACGGAUUUCUUUGGAUUCCAGCCGCCAAAAAAUCUCAAGGAAGUGAAUUUCUCACACAACCAGAUCUCAGUAAUGAAAGAUCUUUCUGCGUAUUCUUCUUUGACCAAACUGAUUCUUGACUAUAACUCUUUUAGUGUGAUCAGAGGCUUGGAAAAGUGUGAAAGGCUCUCACACCUCAGCCUGGCUCAUAACAACAUCUCACGCAUUAGAGGCCUGAACCAUCUACCCCUCAGAGAGCUCUGCCUGAAGGGGAAUGUCAUACAAAAUAUUGAGAAUCUCCAGACUCUACGGAACCUGCAGGUUCUGGAUCUGUCCUGUAACCGAAUUCAAAGUCUUGCAGGUCUCCAAAACCUUCAUCUCCUGGGAGCAGUCAACCUUGAGAGCAAUCUGAUCAGUGAAAUAAAGCAAGCCUCACAUUUACAUUACCUUGUUUUGUUGAGAGAUCUGAAUCUCCUAAAAAACCCAGUCCAGGACCAAGAUGACUACAGAAUGGCUGUGAUCUUCCUUCUUCAGCACCUCACUUUUCUUGACCAACAGACUGUAACUGCAGAAGAGAAGGUGUCUGCUGUUAACAAGUAUGACCCUCCUCUAGAGGUGGUGGCAGCCAGAGAUCACAUGACGCACUUGGUGUAUCAGCUCAUGCAGCCGCAGGUUAUAUUUGACAGUACUCUGCCGAGUCUGGAUGCUCCCUACCCCAUGCUGGUCCUUACUGGCCCACAGGCCUGUGGAAAGAGGGAACUUGCCCAUAAGUUGUGCCAAGAAUUCAGUGACUAUUUUGCUUAUGGUGCCUGCCACACCACCAGGGGACCCUAUUAUGGGGAAGAGGAUGGCUUAGACUAUCACUUUGUUCCCGAGGAAGAAUUUCAAAACAUGUUUCAAAUGGGUAAAUUUGUCCAGACGAUGCAAUACGGAGGUCAUUGGUAUGGUCUGUCUCAGGAGUCCAUUGAGUGUGUGGCUCGUGAGGGUCUGGCAUGUUGUGUACACAUGGAACUAGAGGGCGUGUAUAGUUUGAAGAACUCGUAUUUUGAGCCCCGUUAUGUUUUGCUGAUCCCCACUACUGUUGAUAAUUACAUCUGCUGUUUGAAAGCGAGAGGAUUCUACAGUAACGCUCAAAUGGAAACAGCCGUGUCUCGCAUUGACUUGUACACCAAGACCAACAGAGAAAAGCCCGGCUUCUUUGACAAUGUUAUUCCUUCUGAUGAUCGUGCUGAGGCCUACCGGACUUUAAAGCUGCUGGUGAAGGAGUACCUGGGUUUAGAAGAGCAUGAAAAAAGAGAAGAAGAAAGUAGCUCAAUCACCCCUGACAACAACUCCACUAAUGGAACAGGUGAGUUACUGGCAGCCAACACAGAGGCCACUGACCUCAUGGACUCCUACAGCAGAAACUACCAGAACAAAAUCCAGGCCAAAAUGACCCCUCAACAAAACCCUGCAGAAAUGGCCUCCAGACGGGAGCAGCUAAUUCGGGAAGCGCUGAGUGGAAAGAGUCCUGGUGCUUAUGCAGAGCUGUUUCAGAGGAGUGCACCAACAGCUUCAUCAUCAUUAGCAUCUCACUCCCGGCCUCCACAUGGCCCCUCAUCCUCCCCAAUGCGUCCAGUUGUCCUCAGCGGUCCUGACCUCGAUGAGGAUAGCAGUUCUGAGGAAUCUCAUAUCAGUUCUGGCUUGUCUAUGAGGAGCUCUGCAGGAGCGCUCUCAGCAGAAAGUCCAGCCAGAGGAUCAGAUGCUGGGUCAGGGCACAACAUUGAGCCUUUGGAUAUGUCAAUGUUGGGGCAGGACCGAGACUCCCUUAGAGGUCACAUGGACUCUGGCCUGACCCCUGAUUCUCCUCGCUCAGCCUCCGAGCGUGUCUCACCAACACUCCCCUCCUCCCCGGGCCGCCCAGGUGCCAACACCAAACCAGUCCUGCCCCCCAUCCCAUCUGGACGCAAGACCAAUGAUUCCGGUCCAAAAGAGUGACUGCAAGGAUAGAGAGGUAGUGGAGGGAUUGUAAAAGUGUAGAUAAAGGGAAAUACAUUUUAGGACCUCAUGUUAAUGUUGUGUCUGUCCUGUUAGUAGUGGAAAUAGCUAAAUGACAUCCUUACAGUUUUUUAGUAAAAGUAUUUAAGUUUAAUUAACCCUCGAACCCUUAACCCUUGGUCAAAUAUCUUUGUCUGCCCGGUGCUGUGGACACAGGAAGCCAUACAGUAAUGUCAUAGUGUGAAGUUUUGGUCACACUUUACACUACAUAGAUUAUAUAUACAUACAUGUUACAGUGUAAUUACAAAGGAAGUACUGAGUUAUUGUAAAGAGCAAGUUAUAAUUUAUAUUAUUUCACCACUCUGUGGGAUACUUGAUUCUGAUUGGUCAGUUGCGGUAUUCUGCACUUAAAUACUUUUGCAUUAUAACUGUGUAAUGGACCGUUGUCCCAGGCAAACUAUUUUAUAAUUAACUGUGCUAGCUAUUUCUUCUCGCAUAAUCAAAUAAUUUAUACUCUAAUCCAUUUUUAAUGUCCAUUAGUUUAUUUAUUUGGUAAUUAGCCAAGGAAUAAGUAAGAAGAUGUACAGUCAGAUGGUCAUUAACACAAAUAAAUCCUGGCAGGGUGAUUAGGACCUUGAUGUUGUCCGAAUUACUAUAUAUGCAACAUGGACAUGUAUUGUAAAAUGUUACUCAAAUGGAAUACGUUCUUCUCCAGUGAGCAGAUGGAGAAUGUUGUAUUUGAUUAGAUAGAGUUUUCUGUCUGAGUGCCUGUAAUUAAUGUAUCUCUUGGUUAUAUCUGACACACAUAAAAAAGGUUCACAUUUUAGAAGCUGCCCAUAUUUUUAUAGUGUAUGUAUCCUUAUCUGUUCAAAUGUAGAACCACACUUUAUGUAUAAAUACCUACAAAAACCAAUGUUGGUUUUCAUGUAAGAGAUCAUUUUGGAUUUACAGUAAAUGACUCAACCCCCAUGUUAAUUUGAGUAAAUACAGUAUGAGACAGCUGUAUACAGGUUUCACUUGACACAAGUUGCAUUUCAUUUCCCCAUUCAUUUUUCAUCAGUGCAAGGUAUGUGUUGUGGGUGAGUUUGUGUGUGGAUCUGUUUGUACACACACCUGGCCAUCCAUCAGCGUCAGUCCCUCUAACUAGCAGAUGUUGCAAUGAUCUCAUAAUUCAGUAAGGCAGUUUCAGACAAGAUGGCUCACAGUACUUUGAGAGCCUUCAGGCAUAACCUACAUACAGAGACAGUCUUCACACCUUAGUUACCUUAUCAUCCAUAUCUAAAUCCCAUCUCUCUCUCUCUUUCUGUCUCCUAAUACUUCACAAUAAUCUCAUAAGCACAGUUGUCCUCUCAAAAAAUGUGUACUGUGGAAGUACAUGAAAAUAAAGGUGUGAUGUAAUUUUUGUGAUGGAAAAUAAUGACUGUUUUCAAACAGGUUUCACAAACAGUCAAUGAACGACAGAAUGUGUCAGUUAUGCUGACAUUGUUUUUGUGUGUGCACUUAAGAUGGUGUGAU